UCUGCUGACACAGUCGAGUAUCACAAGCGUUGAAUCCCCCUCUUAAUUUAGUGCGCUUGGAGGGUCGCCUUCCUUGAACCUCCGCUCUCUUCUCGGUCGUUUCCGGGACGCAGGGGAGACGCUGGAGGCAUCCGAUCAUGGGGUCAGGAUCACCUUCAUCCUCAGCUUCUUCCGCAGCGUCCGCGCCAGACUUUACUUUCUUCUCCGCAGCGCCGGAUCACUACGGGAGCGCACUAUAAUCGUCCUCCGGGGCUUCACUCUUCUGCGCACUCGGGGAAACUUUUUUUUUUUUAAUCCAUUUGUUUGACUCUUCUUCAAACUAAGUCAGUGGAAUGGAGGUUCCAACUUUUCUAUUGGCGACUCUGGCUGUGCUCUUUGUUGGCGGGGAUAUUUUCACCAGGGCCAUGCUGAGUGACAUUGGAGACUAUGUAGGUACUGACAUUGAGAUAUCCUGGUUACCUAAUCUGGAUGAUUUAAUGAAGGGCUAUGCCAGAAAUUUUCGCCCUGGGAUAGGAGGUCCGCCAGUCAACGUGGCCAUGGCGAUUGAAGUGGCCAGCAUCGACCACAUCUCCGAGGCCAACAUGGAGUACACCAUGACUGUGUUCCUGCGGCAGAGCUGGCAUGACGACAGGCUGUCCUACAACCACACCAACAAGACGCUGGGCCUGGACAGCCGCUUCGUGGAUAAGCUGUGGCUGCCGGACACCUUUAUCGUGAACGCCAAGUCCGCCUGGUUCCACGAUGUCACCGUGGAGAACAAGCUGAUCCGCCUGCAGCCCAACGGAGUCAUUCUCUACAGCAGCCGAAUUACUUCGACUGUGGCGUGUGAUAUGGACCUCACCAAGUAUCCCAUGGAUGAACAGGAGUGCAUGCUGGACUUGGAGAGCUACGGCUACUCAUCCGAGGACAUUGUGUACCACUGGUCGGAGAGCCAGAGACACAUCCACGGGCUGGACAAACUGGAGCUCUCCCAGUUCACCAUCACCGACUACCGCUUUGUGACCGAGAUGAUGAACUUUAAAUCCGCUGGAAGGUUCCCACGGCUCAGCCUUCGAUUCCAGCUGAGGAGAAACCGAGGCGUCUACAUCAUCCAGUCAUAUAUGCCUUCUAUAUUACUGGUGGCCAUGUCCUGGGUUUCCUUCUGGAUCAGUCAGUCGGCAGUUCCGGCUCGAGUGUCUUUGGGUAUCACAACUGUCCUCACCAUGACAACGCUGAUGGUCAGCGCUCGCUCCUCUCUGCCACGAGCGUCAGCCAUCAAGGCGCUCGACGUCUACUUCUGGAUCUGCUACGUGUUUGUGUUCGCGGCCCUCAUUGAGUACGCCUUUGCUCAUUACAAUGCUGACUACAGACUCAAAGAGAAGGCCAAGGUGAAGGCCAACAAGCUGAGCUCGGAGUCUAUUGUGAAGAAUGGCAAACAGGCAAUGGUUCUCUUUUCCUUGUCUGUCACCGGCAUGAACCAGGGGGUGAUGAUUUCCAACCGCCACGGCCGAACUCAGCGCUCCAGCAGCGAAAUCCCCGGGGAGGGCAGCACAGAGGACACGGAGUCCAGGAGGAGACAGUCCAGGCAGGCAGACGAGGCAGAGGACGAGAAAAAGUGCUGCUCCAAGUGCGUGUGCAAGCCCAUCGAUGCCGACACCAUCGACAUCUACGCGCGGGCCGUCUUCCCCUUCACCUUCGCAGUGGUGAACGUGAUCUAUUGGGUGGCAUAUACCAUGUAAGAUGUGGGCGGGCGGCUGGCUGUCGUCCAGGGCUGUAUAUAAGACCCUGCUGGAGCCCAGCCACCGACGCGCGGGAUUAAUCGUUGGGCUGAAAUAUAUCGCAGGCUUCAGCAGAGAAAAACAACUUCUGAGGAGUCAAAUGGAAAUGUUGCAAUUAAUGGAGUGGUGAACUCAGACGCUCGCGUCACACCGAAUAUAUGAGGCGGCGUUAAAGCAAAGAGGCAGCCGCCUGCUGAAGGCUCACGUUUCCUACUGUCAUUUCAACACAACAGGAGUCCGAGUCGACGACGACCCCGCGUCUUGCAAGGACAAACAAAGUCGGAGGGGAAAGCACUUGUUAUCACGAGCAACAAAAGGCACCACCAAACCAAACUAUUCGGUGUAUUACUCUUCUGCAUGGCUGAUAACAACCCCACUCUCACCGCCCUUUUCAACUUUGGCUCUCCCGAUUUGUUUUAUUCCAAAUCAUUUUUGGUUCCGGACACAGACUGCGGUGUCUUAUCUCCUUCUUCCAGUCCUGCCUGUUUCCUCGCCAUUAAAAGAAUUUCUGCCACUCUUUCUCUGUGUGUGCUGGAGUUCAUGCUGAAACUUGAGUUGUUUUGCGGUUCACCUUCAUGUGGAGGAGCUCGCGACGUCAAGUGUGUCGUCACGACCUUCGUAAAGACGCUAAAAGUGCUCGGCUUAACUUGUGAACUUCUCCCGUACGGCCCGAAUUAGCACAACAGUGAAACACACCGGAUUAUUUUCUGCUGAAAAUUUGCAAAAGUCGCAGACUUCAGGCGCUCAUUACAUUUCCCCUGGUGGGUUUUCACACCAACAAUUCUCUUAAAUAUCCAUUCCAUAAAGAGGAAAACUGCCAUCAUUAGAACAUUUUGUGAAUGAAACAGCAAACUCUUCCUUGAGUGUAAAAGCUUGGAGUGCUGAGGGCAGCAGCCUCACUAUGGUGCAGCAUGGAAGCAGCAGUAAUGAUCACUCAAGAGAGCAUCAGCGUCGCCAUCUCUGCCACUUGUUAGUCCCUGUUUUCGGGUGUGGAGGAAGCAGGGCUGGAGGGUUGUUAUCAGGAGCAGCAGUGUGAAGACAGACCGAACAUGGGUGGGAUUGGGCAGGGAUGGUCGCUCUCCGUGCCGCGGAUCGCGCCACGCCGAAGAGAUAAGUUUGUUCUGGACCAGUGGAGAUGACAUCAUGACUGAUGGUGACGAAGAUACAGUCGCCGAAGGCAGGAAACGCUAUCGCUAGCUGUGGCACAAUGGGAACACGAUGGUGACGACACACGUUAUUCGGCUUGGUUUUAGUUGAAAAAAACAAAACAAAAAAAGGUUGCUCGCCUGUUUUCAUUACGAUGUUGAGAAACCUCCUCUCAUUUCAGAAAAAAAUGAUCCAAAUAUUAGCUUCAUAGCAUACAAUAAUUGUACGCAGGGAAUAUUUGUUUUGGAUACGUAACAUAAUGUGACGUCAUAACCAAAACAUCCUUGGUAAAGGAGAUAAAAUGACGUUUGGAAUUUCAAGUUUAGAAGACUUGGCUCAUCAUUGAAGCACUUCAAGCUGAUGUUUACGCUGAAUUUAGAUCAUUCUGGUGUCAAAAUUUAAAAUGCGAUUAAUCGCGAUUAAUUCACUAUAAAACCUUUUAUUAAUUCGGUUUUUCUUUAAUGAUAUUUAUACACUAUUUAUACACCAUAUUAAUAUUGACACUGUUUUUAACUAGUUUUUAAUGGUUAAAAGUAUCAGAGAGCAACACAACAAGUCAAUGCCAGGAAAACAAGACUGUUUUGCCUUUGUUUAAUGAUCACUUUGUUUCGUGGUUCUGACGUUCAAGCUCAUGAAAAUUCAUCGGCCAGGGUAAUCAAACUGAAGGGGUUUUUGGCUACUGUCCAUCCGAGACGAUGCAAGUUUAUUUCGGGACACUAUAUUGGCGCUGGAGAAACGUGCAUCAAGACUGGAACUGUGGCUGCAAAUAAAACUAGAACCCCAACUAGCUUUCAACAUACAGUAUGUUGAAAAAUAGCGUCAUAACUCCACCGUCAUUGUUGUACUUUUUCUCCCUCUUCUUAUGCUCUGAAUACCCAUUCAGAACCUGUUUAAUAAGAAUAUUUUUUCAUCUUUAUAGUGUUCGCAGUCUUCUAAAAAAUCUGUGAGAAAUGAUUUCGCCAGACUUUCUGAACCUGUUUUGCAGGAAAUAACUCCUGAAAACUUUAUAACCCAUUGCUAAGACGUAUGAGCGGCAGCUCCUAAUAUUCCCUGCCACUUUAUUCUCCGCAGCCCUCCCUCUCUUAAACUGUCUAUCAAAAACAAAUCUACUCCCCUGCAGUUUUAUUGCUCUCGUCUUUCACCGGGUUGAUGUCCUCCAUCCAGCCUGUUUUUCGGACAGCCGUACGCGUGCAUCUCGCCGAGUUACAUUUUGGAUCGGUGGUAAUAGUUGCUGAAAAGUAGGAGGCCUCUUUAAUGCGAUGUUUGGGCGUCAGCAUCAGGAGGUGAAAGCUGGAGCUCUCCGGCUCUUAGACUCGCUGAACAUCAUCAGAGGAGGCAAGCUUUCUUCAGGCCUCCUGCUUUCUUACUGGGUUUUACUUUGAAGUCCUCUCCUUGUGGAAAAGGCUUUGCACUGUCAAGUGGGAUUUGCAUUUAUGAUGA